AUAGUGUGCACACCCAUGCAGUCGCGCACUCACUAAUUAUUGACAGAUGAUUUCAUCGGUGUAAGUUCCGAGUCACUCUCCUUUACGCCGUAAAACUUCAAACAAUUACGUCGAGAGUAGGCCUACUGUAUAAAUUAAUCAUGCCUUCGUCCAUUUCGUGGAGUUUUUGCAUGGGUUUCUUUCGAAGCAAUCGAGCUUUUUCGACCGCUCUUGUAAUCAUUGUGCUCAUCGCUAACGAAACUUGCAUGACUGCUGUUCUACCAGUGUCUCCUGAAGUCCUACUCAAAUUUUGUUACAGGAAUGUGUACCGUUCUUUGUGUCAGGAGGUUGCACAGACGGGACUAUUCAACAUGUCGGAAUGUUUGACAGAGCAGCCCGAGUCGUAUCACAGUACAAAGGAUGUCACACCCUCCUAUACAACCAGCUCCACUCCAGAACCCUUCUUAGCUCCUCUACACGACUGUCGUGAGAGGCUUAGUUUCCAAAAUGGGUUGUUCCUGGCAACAAAGUUCUUGAUGAGGAUCUUGCUGACUGUUCCUACAAGCUCGCUCGUUGAUAAAGUUGGACCGUUUUUAACGUUUUUCUUCAGUACACUCUUGACUCUGGCCGCCUGUUUGAUGAUGGGCUUUGCUGACUCGAUCCUGGUACUUUUUCUAUCGCGAGCACUCCAUGGCAUCGGUGGGACUGGAGUGGAAAUCGCAGGAAUUUCUUACUUAGCCAUACGAUACCAAGAUGAUGAGAACAAGAAAGGAUUUGUUUUUGGUUUGGUGAUCAGCGGCUUUGCUUUCGGAACACUUAUCGGUCCAACUUUAGGUUCUGUCCUGUAUGGACUAGUAGGUCAGUCUGCUCCAUUCCUGGUCAUCUCUGCUGUAUUAAUUGCUUCUGUAGUUUUUAUUCCAAUCUUCAUGCCUGUGGACAUACGACCUCCUUUGACAGAAGAGGGGUCAUCUGCUCUUACUUUAAUAAUGAAUCCUUACACCAUACUGGUCUCGGUUCUCGCUUUGAUGAACACGAUGGGCAUGGCCUACGCUAGUGCAACCCUUCCAAUCUGGCUUCGAUCAACUUUACACACACCAGACUGGCAAAUAGGUCUGAUUUUCAUUCCAACUAGUAUCAUGCACGUUAUAUCAGGACCUCUUAUCGGAUACUGGAAUAAAAAAUUGAAAAGAUGGAGGUGUAUGUUUGUUGGGGUGUUAGCGAUGGCCAUUGGUAUUUCCACGCUUCCACUAGCUCACGGGAUCUGGCACCUGAUUCCCUCUAUGUGCAUCAUUGGAUUUGCCAUUGGUACUGUUGAUAGCACCGUAAUGGGAAUAAUGUAUCGAAUUGUAGAAGUUUGGUAUAACGGCGCGCACAGCUUGGCUGCCGCCGUUUUCGUCUUUAACUUUUGUCUUGCGUACACAAUAGGUACGCUGACUACAGGUUUUAUUGUCGGAUAUAUUGGAUUUAAUUGGACUAUGUGGAGCUUAUCGAUAGCCAUUCUCGUGUCUUCACCAUUUUGUUUACUGCUCAGUCGAAUUCCAGAAGAGAAAGAAACCCUACCAUCUCCUGAUCAAGAUGUUCUGUUACCGAACUGUCCACCCGAGACAAUAGAAGAUAAACCACAACCAUCGCUUGAUGAAACCAUACGCUUGAUCAAAGGAUGAUAGCAAACUAUCGUAAACACGAUCACAAGAUGUUGCAUCAGGCGCGUACGCAGGGAGGUGUUUGGGG